AUGUAUGCUAUCGACCCUCAGUGUCUUGGAUUUGUGGCGUCGAAACUCUUCUAUUUGGAGUGUCGAGAUUUCGCCAAAACACAGGAAAAGAUGCGCUUACUGAACGGCAAGUCGAAUAGUGUAGAUGCGGAGGACUAUGAGAACAUCUCAAAGAUUCGGUGGAUGCGACGAGGGUGGAUGUUGAUGGACAAGUGGAGGUAUUGGAGGAAUCUCGGCCUAGUCUGUGAGAAGAACCCGUCGAGCUGGCUCUAUACGGAGCCGAUAUCAUCACGGUUCAUUCAAGAUGAGGAAGUGCGUGAGUACGUACGGGCGGUUUGUGCUUGCCGCGAUGAGAAUUUGGCGAUCAUACAAGGGAGCCCUCGGGGGGCUUUGGAGCUCUUCGACAACUUGAUCAAAGAGAAGAAGCGCUUGAUACAGGACAUUCGAAAUUGCCGCCUUUUCGACAGAGAACGGAAGCCGUUGCGAGCCGAGAUCGAAUCCCACGGCUUGUAUUUGGCAGCACCCAAGCGGGCUAGGCUGAUGAAUUUGACGAUACCACAUAAGCCUGGGGACCCCGAGAAGCCCCUGAAGUUGGACUUGCUCUUCCCCAAGUUGUCUCUGCUGAUAGACACGUCGAUUGUCGAGGAUAGGGAGGCUAUGGAGAGGUUUAUGUCCAUGACUGAACAACGGGCACCGGUUUAUGCCCCCUUCCUCUUCACUGGUAGCGAGCUUUUCCCGGAGUACAUCGUCGGCAUCAACUUAUCCGAUCAAUGGCGUCAAUUUGUGAUGGACCCAUCGCUAGGAGAGUAG